AUGACAGAGACAACUACUAGUCCAGUCAUCGUUGCUCGAUCUAGCAGGCCAGUCAGCGAGGCCCUAUUGAAUGAGAAGUGGGAUCGCUGCCUCUCUUCUUUGCUUAUCCGCUCUUCCCUUGGUCUCGGCUUUGGCGUCGUCUUCUCGUUUUUGCUGUUCAAAAAGAGAGCAUGGCCUGCCUUUGUCGGAAUUGGAUUUGGUGCUGGAAGAGCCUAUGAAGAAUGUAAUAACACUUUUUUGAACACUAACAGAGAGGGCUUAAGGUCGUUGAAAUAUUGA